CAGGUCUCACAUGUCACAUCUGUUUUAGGAAGUGACAGAGUGUCACCCAAUAGCAGGAAACAACCCGUUUCUAUUAAUAUGACAGUACAAGGGGAGUUAUUGGGUGAAAGCUGCUCAUGAGAAGAGUCUAAAUUCUGUAAAAAGAAAGGCUUAAGUCCAAAAAGUAAGACGAGCCAUUCACAAGGGCAGAUGUUUUGUGCUGUGGGGUGAGUUGAUGCACCUGUUUUGAAACUUCACAAUUAUGGAUGGAGUUGUCUCACCCUCAGAAUCAGAGAGAAACAAAUAUAUCUAUGAAUAUCAUUUGAUAUAUGAAUUUAGGUGUUAAGUACAGUUAUACACUGGUCUAAGACACCCUUGAUAAAGAUAGGCGCAGACUAAGGAUAUCAAGGAUCUGGAAGGAUUCUGUACGGAGAAAUGGUCUAAGCUCCUUCCCAAUGUCUUCUCCAACUCAUAAAACAUGUGUGACUGAAUUCAGGAAGCAAUGUCUGGAUUCCACAACACGUGUGAGCUGUUGAUUGUACAUUCUUGCGAGGCUCAGGAAUGGGCUACAUAUCUGCAGAACAUCUUGAAGUCUUCACGCAAGUUUCCCAAGAGGUCUAUCGUAUUGUAUGCAGUUGACCGUGCUGAACAGCUACAUGAAUGCGAAUUUAACAUUUUCUAUAAUAGUAAAUGCAUCGUGCUGCUGCUGACAACAGCAAUCCUGGACAUUCUAAAUGACCCUGAAGUCCUAGGAACUUUUCAGAGACUCCUUCAUCCUCCACACAGAGUGGUGGCGCUGUUGUGUGGGAUGUCGGAGGAUGACAUACCCACUGAAUGGUUUGAAAACUGGCAGCGCUGGAGAAAACUGUAUGCUGAAGACGAACCUGCUCUUUACAUCUCCACCAUUCUGGAAUCCAUCGCUGACUGUAAUGCAGAAGAGGCUGAACAUGAGGCGGAAGCUACAGCAAAACCAGAACCAAAACCAGAAGCAAAAACAGAGUGUGAAAUCCCUGUGGUUAUGAACCCCAAAGCUGAGGGGACAGAGGAAGAGUCCGUGACACAACCAGAGUGUGUCCAGGACGACAAGGACGAUGUGAGAACAGAGAUCCACCCAAACCAGGCAACGAGCCUCACACAUCCCACCUGUCUCACCGUUCAACCAAACAGAGUUUUAUGCGGGGACCAUGCAACUAUUUUUAUAAUCUUUUCUAAUAAACUGGACAACCAGUUGAAAAUGGAAGUGGUGUUUGCCUCUGAUGAUUCAACUGCAAAACGGGUUCUAGGGACUUUGGAGAAUGAAUACACUAUCAGUAUUAAUGCGCCUGAUAUGCCAGCAGGAGAGGUGUCACUCACUCUGUAUAGCAACGACUCACCAGUCUGUUUGAGGCCUGUAACAUACUACACAGCCAUGGGAGAAAUCAGCAGUUACCUUGAACAUGCAGCUGCUCCCCUGAACUUCAUGUGUCAGGCAUUCAAUUUUACAUCCAAUAUCACAGAGUCACUUGACAAUUUGCUGACAGACUCAUUACAAUGCAGGAUCCCUGCAAGUGGACUUCAUGUAUUUGGAAUCAGGCAGCUAGAGGAAGACAAUAUGGCUGCAUAUCAGCGAAAGGAGGAGCUUCCCACUCUGCUUCAUUUUGCCGCAAAGUAUGGGCUGAAGAAGCUGACAACAGUCCUGCUCCAGUGUCCAGGUGCCUUACAGGCCUACAGCGUGAUGAAUAAGAAUGGAGACUACCCAAAUACACUGGCAGAGAGGAGCGGCUUCUCUGAACUGAGACAGUUCAUAGAUGACUUUGUGGAGACAGCUGCCACGGCUGAAGAAGAUGAGGAGGUGUACGAGUCCAUGUCCAACUCCUCUCAAGACGUCACGAACGACUCCCUGAACCCUGGGUGUCAAGAAGACAUCUAUGAGACCAUGAUCGGGUUAAACCCCGACUCCAUGGAAGACCUAUAUGAGGACAUGGAGAAGGCAUUAGAAGAGUCUCAUAACCCGGAGGAAGUCAUACUUAGAACAUUUUUUCAAGGUAAACCUGAUGCAGGUGUGCCCCAAGUUGGGGAGCAUACAACUAAUGAAGAGGCGGGAGACCAGGUGGAAGAACCAGAGGAGUUUGAGGAAGAAGAACUUUACAAUAUGUGUAUUUCUGAUCAAAUCUAUGACACGGUGGACGAGAAUGCAAGCUAUCUCCCGGAAAUUGUCAACCGUCCACCAGCCCCCGUUCCGAGACCUGUAACAUUUUCAGAGCCUGAGGAGUCCAAGACCUACAUCUCAAGAGUGUUUUCAGCAAAAGAAGAAUCAAAUCCACAGAUGGACCUCAGAGAAACAGAGUCAUCCACUGUGAGGCCUGUGAGAGAUGGAGCCUCCACCUCCUCUUCCCACGACCCCUAUGCUGAGGUGAGGACCCAAGGCCAGAGGCAGCUCAUAGCCUUGCAGGAGAAGGUGAAGGUGGGGAUCCUGACUGUGGAUGAUGCUGUCAAAGAAUUCAAGACCUGGCAGUUUGAUGAGAAUAGGAGAUCUCAGUCUCUGCGUAAUCAACAGGAAAAUUUGAAGAGAUUACGAGGCAGCAUUACCAGACGCCACAAAGAGAGGGAGAAGAUUGGGAAGGAGAUUGGUCUGGAGAUAACCGCCCCACUGCAGAGGAACCUUCCCUGGAGCUCCAACACGGCUGUGGAGUGCUCUGUGUACGAGCCCACCCCACGGGUCAUUGCCCAACCCCCUCCUGUGACACGGUCAAGCCAGAGAAGCACCUGGAAGACUGGCAGUACCUCCAGCACAUCCAGUAGUGGCAGUAACAGACUCAGCACACAUAGUACGAUUAGCUACAGCAGCGGAACUGAGCCUGACUUUGAGGACACAGCAGACUUCUUCCCUCUACCCCCACGGCCCGCUGAGGCCGCACCUCUACCUCCUCCCCCCAGAAUCCCACCACGACUCCCAGACAGGGCUGCGGAGAGUUUGCUGGAGGAGCGUUACAUAUCGUACCCCUCUCGAGCUCUCCCUCAGAGACCACCUCAGAGGACCACCUCUCCCCCUCUCAUACCCCGGAGAACACGAUGACACACAGCUCCGCUGUUAUAGCACUUUAAAUGACUGCCCUCCAAAAUAUCUAUCAAGAACAAAUCAGGCAGUGUUACUUACAGUAUUCAUACCCCUGGGCUUAUUCCACAUGUUGUUGUGUUACAGCCUGAAUUCAAAGUGGAUUAAAUAUUUUUUUAACCAUCUACAUACAAUACCCCAUAAUGACAAAGUGAAACCAUGUUUUUCGAAAUGUUUGAAAAUUUAUUGAAACGGAAAUACAGAAAUAUCUCAUUCACAUAAUUUUUUACCCAUCUACCAAUAGGUGCCCUUCUUUGAGAGGCAUUGGAAAACCUCCCUGGUCUUUGUGGUUGAAUCUGUGUUUGAAAUUCACUGCUUGACUGAGGGUCCUUACAGAUCAUUGUAUGUGUGAGGUACAGGGAUGAGGUAGUCAUUUAGAAAUCAUGUUAACCACUAUUAUUGCCCACAGAGUGGGUCCAUGCAACUUAUUAUGUGACUUGUUAAGCACAUUCUUACUCCUGAACUUAUUUAGGCUUGCCAUAACAAGGGGGUUGAAUACUUAUUGACUCAAGACAUUUCAGCUUUUAAUUGAUCUAAAAACCUAAUUCCACCUUGACAUUAUGUGGUAUUGUGUUUAGGCUGUAUAUGAACAUCAUGCAUGAAGGUUUGAGUGUGUAGAACAGAACCACAUAGAACAUCAUCCUCAAGUCAAUUCAGUAAGUAAACUGAAAUUCAUAUUUAAAAGGGAAUUCUUGGAUUCAAACAACAACAAAGCGCCACCCUGUCACUUUUUUUGGUGAACAGUUGAGGGAUGGGACUGUAUAAGCAUAAUAAAAAACGGCAUCUAUUUUCAAUUACUUAUAAAUAAGCUGAAAUGGAGAAGCUAUUCAUUUCAAACGUUUUUUUAAUUUUAAAAUGUUAAAUUCAAAUCACUUUCUGAAUUGACUGACUUGAAUUCUAAUGACUCCAACCCUACAAUAGACGCAGUGGUAGUGUAAAUGAUUUCGCAAUAACUUCAUGCAUUAGAAUUGUAAAGGGGUUUCAACAAAUUGAUCAAAUAAGGAAUGUGUUUGUUUGUCACGCUUGUUCGUGGAUUGUGUACUACCGUAUUAUUAUACAACCGAUCACACAAUGAACUUUGAUUUUACAAAUGCAAAGAUGAACCAUUUAUGUAAUCUGUUUUUAAAUAAAUGUUUCGAGUUCCUGUUUGGCACGCACCACAA